AUGCUGCCGUAUCCGGGCAAGGUCCAUAUUGACCCGCUGGAAAUCCAAAUUCGAGAACGGCAUGGUUAUUGUAAUACAAUUGAAAUCAAACCAGAUGUUCAGCCAUGGUAUCAUGAUAUCAAAUGGUUUUUGAUAACAAAGGAAUAUCCCGAGCAGGCUAGUGGAGACCAAAAGAAAACCAUUAGAAAGCUUGCUUGCGGUUUCUUCUUCAGCGGAGAAGUCUUGUAUAAAAGAACUCCAUAUCUGAAUCUUUUGAGGUGUGUAGAUGCCCUAGAAGCUGAAAAGAUCAUGAACAAAGUGCAUUCCAGGGAUAAUGCUGCAAAUCUGAACAGCCACUUGAUGAGGGAGGUAUGCGAACAAUUUAAGAUUACGCAUCCUAACUCUACCCCUUAUAGCCGGCGCUGUUGA